AUGUUAGUACGUAGCCCCAAACAUAUUCAUUGGAAAUUCACUUACAUUAUUGAUGUUCAAAAAGUAGCGCACAAGAGAACCUCCCUGAGUAAAGAAAAAUUUGUCACCGGUCGUCUGCGGCACAACAGGGCGCGGCCCUGUCCACGGUCACGUGUGUGUGUUAGGCAGUGUAUGCAGUAUGGUGUGCGGGUGGCAUCGGUUUAUCGGUGGGGCAUCGCAUCCUUUUAUCUCAUCGCCAUGGCUAAGAGUCUCAGAUCCAAGUCCAAGUUGCGGGCCAAGUCCGUCAAGCGGAAAGGGGAGUUUGCCAAGCACGUGGAUGCAAGGAAUGAGCGUUUGGCUGCAAAACUCAAGGAAAAGACUGAAACCCAAACUGAAAAAUCAGAUAAAAAUGAAACCGAUAAAUUAAAAUUGGAACCAAAAUUGGAAAAGAUAAGCACCUCUGGUUGGAGAGACUCGCGCAAACUGCAGUACAAGCAGCGCCAGUUGAAAAAGAAGAAGAACGUUACGAAAUUUUAG